AUGAGCGAUAUCGUCAUCACAGACUUCCAACUGAAGCAUCUCAACAAGACGUUGGCCAAGCUGUCCCCGCAGGAGGUUUUGAAGUGGGCUGUGGUUACGUUUCCAAACCUUUUCCAGACCACAGCUUUUGGUUUGACCGGACUUUGUAUCCUGGACAUGCUCGACAAACUCGACAUCGAUCCUAUUGAUUUGGUCUUCAUCGAUACCCUGUAUCACUUCCCGCAAACUCAUUCUUUGAUCGAGCAGGUGCAAACCAGAUACCCAAGAUUCAAGCUCCAUAUUUAUAAGCCAGACGGCUGCGAUUCGACCCAGCAGUUCGAGGAAAAGUACGGCGACGAGUUGUGGGUCAAAGACGAACUCAAAUACGACUUCCUUGCCAAAGUGGAGCCUCUGCAAAGAGCACACAAGGAACUCAAUAUCAAGGCUGUGUUCACGGGGAGAAGACGUUCUCAGGGCGGAGCGCGCUCGGAACUGCCUAUUGUGGAGAUCGACGAGAGUCUGAACGUGAUAAAGAUCAGUCCGUUGGCCAGCUGGGACUUCAAGAUGGUCCAGGCGUACGUGAAAGAGAAUAACGUGCCGUACAACGAGCUUCUUGAUCUCGGUUACAAGUCGAUCGGAGACUGGCACUCAACCGAGCCGGUUGCCGAGGGCGAAGACGAACGGAGCGGAAGAUGGAAGGGCAAGGCCAAGACCGAGUGCGGGAUCCAUCAGACGUCUAAGUACCAGCAGUACUUGAGCCAGGUUAAAUAA